AUGACCGUUGAGCCGUCGAGCAUGGAACUUAAGCUACAACUUGAUGACUCCAUGAUCGGACGGUGGCUCUCAGAGCUACCAAUGGAUCACCCAGAGCGCAAGUCUACGUCGAAACCUCAACUACGUCGUUUCAUUCACCACGACAAACCUAUCAAACGGCUUGGAUUCCUCGGAGCGGGCGCAGAGUCCUGUGUUUACCACAUUGAAUGCGAAGGCAAGUCAUAUGCUUUAAAGCUGGCUAGGCACUGGCCAUAUUAUGACACGGAUUUCCCCAACAGAAUCAAGGCACAUGAGAGGAUACUGAUGGCUCCUUUCGUCCGUGAAGCCCGUGCUUUUGCCCGUCUCGACAGUGUUGGCGAAAAUGGUACAUGGGCAGUAAAAUGCCAUGGGUGGAUCAAGCUUAAUGAUAGUCAAUUUAAAGAGUUGGGCAACAAGCAUCAAAUAUUCUGUCGAUGGGCUAUCAUCAAAGACAUGAUUCCUGAUGAAAUCAGCAUGAGUGAUAUCCCAGAAGUACGCCGCAAAAUGCAAAUAGCUCGUAAAGCUCUGCUGUGGCCUGGAGAUGUCAAACCUGAGAAUUAUCGCGGUUCGUUUAUCGUGGAUUUGGGCAAUACGAUCACCUAUCCUGAAAUCCGCCGUUUCUGGUCGAAUACAAGACGCAGGGAGAUAUUUGCUGGUAUGGAUCGAUGUUUUAGUAAUUGGGAACCCUCUGAUUGGGACGGAAAACUUGUCGAUAAGUUUUUCAAUGAUAUGCACAAGAAAAAUGUGGCUGCCGCAAAAAAGCUGGAGGAGGAGUGGUUAAAGAAAAAGCAAGACGAACGGGAAAACCAGGAGGAGCCAUUUAUACAGGGGGAUGGGACAAAUCGGUGGUUGAACCCUGAGAAGGAAGUCUAA